UUCUUUUGGCUAAGUGCAAUAUACCGCUCAUUGACUGACUAUAUAUGAAGGUACCUUUCCAGAAUCCAAGGCUGGAGUUAAGAAAAGGGCUGAAAGUGCAAUGCAGCCUUAUCAGUAAAGAAUCCAUUUUACAUCACGUCUAUUGCCGAAGCGAUGCACUAUACUUUAUAACACGUUCCCCUUCUGUAACUGUCUUUGAUUGAUUGGUUACAUUUGCAACUUUUCAUUUCGAACAUUUUGCACAGCACGCACGCAGACGCGGAGAACAGCUUGACCCGGGGGAGAAGGUAUUCGGCCAUUUUGGUCUAAAGGGGGCCUUGGCUGUCACCACGUGAGGAAGAAGAGCCCGAAAUAGAGCAAGACAACUCCGGGAACUUUGCCUCAAAAAGACCGAGAGGGGAGAGAGAGGAAACGUCGAUUCAUGCUUGAAGCUACAGAAGAGUAGCCAGUUUACAGAAUGCCCUCAAUUACUCUACCGCCGAAGGAGAAUGCUCUCUUCAAGAGAAUAUUGAGAUGCUACGAGCACAAGCAGUACAGAAAUGGACUCAAAUUCUGCAAACAGAUCCUCUCCAACCCAAAGUUCACAGAGCAUGGAGAGACACUGGCGAUGAAAGGCCUGACCCUGAACUGCCUGGGGAAGAAGGAGGAUGCGUAUGAGCUGGUGAGACGAGGCCUGCGCAACGACCUCAAGAGCCAUGUCUGCUGGCAUGUGUACGGUCUGCUGCAGCGGUCGGAUAAGAAGUACGACGAGGCCAUCAAGUGCUACCGCAACGCUCUGAAGUGGGACAAAGACAACCUGCAGAUCCUCAGGGACCUUUCACUGCUCCAAAUCCAGAUGAGAGACCUGGAGGGCUACAGGGAGACCCGCUAUCAGCUCCUGCAGCUGCGUCCAGCGCAGAGAGCCUCCUGGAUUGGCUACGCCGUGGCCUACCACCUGCUGGAGGACUUUGAGAUGGCCGCCAAGAUCGUCGAAGAGUUCCGCAAAACACAACAGACGUCGCCGGACAAAGUGGACUACGAGUACAGUGAGCUGCUGCUGUACCAGAACCAGGUGCUCAGGGAGGCGGGGCUGUUCAAGGAAGCACUGGAGCACCUCAUAACCUAUGAGAAACAGAUCUGUGACAAGCUUGCUGUGGAGGAGACCAGAGGAGAGCUACUGCUGCAGCUAGAUCGCUCGGAGGAGGCCACAGAAGUCUACCGACAACUCCAGGAGAGGAACCCUGAGAACUGGGCCUACUACCAGGGUCUGGAGAAAGCACUGAAACCAGUUAGCAUAGAGGAGAGGCAGAAGCUCUAUGAGGAGGCGUGGGUGAAGUAUCCCAAAGGACUGGUUCCCCGGAGGCUGCCUCUCACCUUCCUCACAGGUGAGAAGUUCCGUGAAUGUCUGGACUGCUAUCUGAGGACCAACUUCAGUAAAGGCUGUCCGCCCGUCUUCACCACUCUGAAGUCCCUGUAUCACGACAAGGAAAAGGUGUCAAUCGUUGAAGAAUUAGUGGUUGGAUACGAGACGUGUUUGAAAAGCUGUCGAAUGUUCAAUCAAAAUGAUGGUGGUAAGGAGGAGCCCCCCACCACUCUACUGUGGGUCCAGUAUUUCCUGGCGCAGCACUUUGACCACGUGGGCCAGCAGACGCUAGCCCUGGACUACAUCAACACAGCCAUCGAGAGCACACCCACGCUCAUAGAACUGUUCCUCAUCAAGGCCAAGAUAUACAAGCAUGCAGGUAACAUAAAGGAAGCAGCCAGGUGGAUGGAUGAGGCCCAGGCUCUGGACACUGCUGACCGCUUCAUCAACUCAAAAUGUGCCAAGUACAUGUUGAAGGCCGGCCUGGUCAAAGAGGCUGAGGAGAUGUGCUCAAAGUUCACACGGGAGGGUGCGUCGGCAGUAGAGAAUCUCAAUGAGAUGCAGUGUAUGUGGUACCAGACAGAAUGUGCUCUGGCCUACAAGUCCAUGAACAAGUUUGGAGACGCUCUCAAGAAGUGCCAUGAGAUCGAGAGGCAUUUUGUGGAGAUCACGGACGACCAGUUUGACUUCCACACGUACUGCAUGAGGAAGAUGACGCUGCGAUCCUACGUGGACCUGCUCAAGCUGGAGGACGUGCUGCGCAUGCACCCCUUCUACUACAAAGCUGCCCGCACCGCCAUCCAGAUCUACCUCGGCCUGCACGACAACCCACUCACCGACGACAACAAGGAACACCAGGCCGACGCCGAGAACCUGAAUGACAAAGAGCUGAAGAAGCUGAGGAACAAGCAGAGACGAGCCCAGAAGAAAGCCCAACUAGAGGAGGAGAAGAAGAACGCCGAGAAGGAGAAACAGCUGAAGAACCAGAAGAAGAAGAAAGAGGACGACGACGAGGAGAUCGGAGGACCCAAGGAGGAGCUCAUACCAGACAAACUAGCCAAGGUGGAGAACCCACUCGAGGAGGCAGUGAAGUUUUUAACCCCCCUGAAAAACCUGGUGAAGAACAAGAUUGAGACACACCUCCUGGCCUUCGAGAUCUACUUCAGGAAAGAGAAGUACCUGCUGAUGUUGCAGUCAGUGAAGAGAGCGUUCUCCAUGGAGCCCUCCCACCCUUGGCUGCACCAGUGUCUAGUGCGCUUCUUCAAAGGAGUGUCAGACAGUAAGGACCUACCAGAGGCUGUGCGGACUGUUUUGAAGCAGGAGAUAUCGCGGCUGUUUGGGGAGAGCAACCCACAGAGCUUCAACAAGAACUACCUGAGCCAACACUCCAACUCUAUACCACACCGUGUGGCUGGUACGUACACACACUACCUGAGCCAACACUCCAACUCUAUACCACACCGUGUGGCUGCUGCUAAGAUGAUGUUCUAUCUGGACCCGUCCUCGGACAAGAUGGCCUCUGAGCUGGCUACAGCGCUGGAUGAAUCCCUCAAUGGGAGAGGCAUCACGAUCUGCACAGAGGUGCUGGAGGCACUGCGUGAUGGAAAUCUGGGCGACGGGCAGCAAAAGGCAGCGGAGGUGUACCGCGCUGCAUGUAACAAGCUGUACCCCCACACCUUGGCCUUCAUGCCCCCUGGUUACGAGGACAACGCCUCCACCAUCAACGCCAACGGAGACCUGUCAGCCGGCGAGCACGACGACAUGGCAAAUGACAUGUGAGAGGAGGGAGUAGAGGAGCACACCCGCUGCCGGUCGGCAGUCUGACAAAACCCCAGCUACGGUUGUUUGUUCGUGAAUGCCCCCUGCAGUGCACUGACCUGGACUGAGAGCCGCAGAGGGAAGAGGAGGAAAAAAACUAAUGCCUAUUUUACUUUUUUUAAACCCUGUUGACAACUCUAUACUUUAACUGAAACAAAUUAAACGGUAUGAGAAGAGUGGUUAGGGUGGCUGCCGUUAAGUCAGGUUUUUACUCCUGUGUUUUCACGCCUGUAUUUCUCCUGUAUGUGCAUCUGCUUCUCACGUUUUUAAAGGUAAUUUAUAUAUUAAAAAUGACAAAGAAUAAAAAAGUUUGCAAAAGUUGAAAGAUAUCAAUUGUAGUGGUGGUGAUGGAGGAUUGUGGUUGUACUUGUGGGCUGGCGUGUGCCAAUAAAGAAAGGCGGAACUUUUAAAAGGAGACAUCACUUAUUUCCCGGGGGAGGCGUAGGAGCGAUGCACUCAGUUACUGAGCUCAAGCAGUCCUCUGCUCGGCCACAAGGGGGCGCAGCGGUAGUUCCCGGCGUGGCCUCCAGGAGGGGACAGGACACAGCUGAUCUGAAUGCAGGGACACAGAACUCAAAGCUCACCUGGACUGCUGUAUGACUGACGUGCAGAGUUAUCGGUUUUCAUUUUCUUUUCCGCUCAGUAUUUUCCUUUCUAGUUUUACCCAUGUGAAAGUCCCGUAAAACCACUUCAUAAUGAUAAAACAAAUGUUUGUUCUGGGUUUUUAUUUGUUUGUUGGUUGAAAAAAGGCUUAAUCCAAGUUAUCCCCUUUUUUUGAAAGAUUUUUUUUUGGGGGGGGAGCCUUUUUCUCAAUCAUACUGAAUUCUGCACAUAGACCACGCCAAUCUAACACCAAGGAGUUCUCAAUAAAACUAAAGUUAAAUAAAAAUAUAUUUCCUGAUUGUU